AUGAAUGACAUACUAUUGGCUAUCCGCACAAGUAGUACUAGUGUGAAUAGCAUUCUUUUAGCAAUACCCUAUGUUGCUAACAUCUGGCUUGGUACGUUGUUUUGGACAAUGGGAAAUAUUGGCUGUGUUGGUAAUUUGAUUGUCUUUCGAUCGAAGACGUUCAAUAAUCAAGCUUAUACAGUGUAUUUGCUAGCUGAAACGAUAUCCGACUUCUUUCUAGUUAACUUAGUACUUCUCACACGGAUACUGGAAAAGGGUUUUGGAAUGUCAAUUCGAAGUGGUUAUGAUUAUUUAUGUAAAAUUCGACAAUUUAGUACAUAUUAUUUCUAUGUCACCUCGUUUACAUUCUUUUCAAUGGCAACUAUUGAUCGAAUUCUCUCAACACAACGUUCAAAUGGAUUACGAAAAUGGAGUAAUCGUGUUUCUCUGGCCUAUAAAUUGGUUUUUGUCAUGACUAUUCUUUGGUUACUCAUUCUAUGUCAUCGAUUGUUUAUAUAUAAAAUCCAAGACGGUGAUUGUGCCCCUCAAUUCCUGAUCUAUGAUAUUAUUGAUAAUUAUGCAGAGGCCAUCCUGAUGGAAAUAUGUCCAUUGAUUAUCGUCUUUAUUCUUGUAUACUUCCUGAGAAGAUCCCUUCGAACUGUUCUUCAACGUCAAGCAAACACCAUUGCCUCUUCUUCAUUGAGUCCAUCGAAUCCAAACAAACGUUCUCAACUUCAACAGAUAGAUUCUCAACUGACACGAAUGCUAAUGUUCCAUUCCAUUGUUGCCAUCAUCUCGUUUGUUCCAUACGCCUGUCAAAUAUUCUACAGUCAUAUUACUGAAAACUGGCCCAAGACACCUUUACAAAAAGCAAUUGAAAAAAUCAGCAGUCAAGUCACUCAUAUAUUCGCAUAUCUAUUUUUUGUUUCGAGCUUCUAUGCGUCGAUGACCUGUAAUAGGGGAUUUCGACGGGAAAUCAAACGGAAAUUCCAAUUCAACAAGGUGCGACCUUCGAAUAUGCUAGUGACUCAUAUUAACACCAAUGGCUAG